AAUUUUAAGUCAAGCCAUGGAAAGACUUGAUAAUUUAUGGUUGCAUUAUGUAUUUGGGUUUUUUUUGCCUAAUCUGUGAAUCAUUCAUUUGAAAGUUUUCAUGUCUGAAGUGAUACGGGUAUUCCAUUUAAUGUUUGAUCUUAAGUAGCUUGUUCACAUAUGCAAAUUAUUCCUUGAUGUUUACAUAUAAAGACAUGAAAUUUAAUGGCACAGUUCAGGUAAUUAGUUAUAAUUACUAUUGGUUUCAUGGAUGGUCCUUAAAGACAUAGCAUUUUUCUAUUGAAUUUUAGAUCUGAUCCUGUUAUAAAGGUUUUGAAAACUUUGAUUUGAAAACUUUGUUUUCAAAUCAAAUGAGCAUCCUUAAUUACCAGAGAAGUAGAGUGUGGAACUAGCACCAGAAAUUUAGAAAGAGCUAAUGUUUGACAGAGUAAGUAGGGAAUCAGUUGAGGGAAGUUAGCCCAGAGAAGGAAAUAUUAAAAAGGGCAGGAAGGCAGUGCCAAGAAAAGGGCAAAGGGAGAACUGGGAGGGAAGUGAAGCUUUGGAUUGACAGGCUUCUUUUUUUAAAAAAAACUGAAUUGUUCUUUAUACGCCUUGUUACGAUUCAGGGUUUCUGCUGCUAGUACUGAGAAGGGUUGGGGUUUUUUUGCACACACUCGACAGGCGUCCUGCAAGCUGAGUCGUUUCUCCGGCCGCCGAUUCCAGCCUCCAACCUGCAAGCCCGGCGCUCCGUCGAGGAAGAUGUCAGUGUCCUGGGACAGCUUCCCUUCGUUGCCUCCCAUUCCGGAGCAGAGGGAGAACCCGGCGCCUGCCUUUUCCUGGGAGAAGAGCGCCUACGAAGAAGUGGUUAGUCGUACCGCCAGGCUGGAGAACUCCGAUUGCGAGUCCCUGGACAGCAGUUUGAGCUCCAAAGGAGAUGCCCAGGAAUAUCUGGAUGAAGUGUCCUUGCCAGACUUUGAUUUGCUAAACGAUCCUGAGGAUGAGCUCUUGUGCGCCAAUCUCAUGAAGCUCAUCCAGGUCACUCUGAACAAAGCCAAGCUCUACUCCAACCGUCCCUCCCGACUCGUCAUGCCCAAUGAGCUGGUCGCCCAAGUGAGCAAGGACCUACUUCACCUGGCUUACCGAGAGCCCUGUGGCUUGAGGGGAGCCCUCAUCAAUCUCUGUGUGGAACAAGGAAAGGCGUGCCACAGCGUGGAGCAGAUUGCUGUGGAUCCAAAGCUGGUGCCUAUUUUCCAGCUGACUCUUGUUCUGAGACUGGAUUCCCGCCUGUGGCCUAAAAUCCAGGGACUCUUUAGCUCCGGUUCUGCUUUCUCUCCAGGCUUCAGUCAGUCCCUGAAGCUCAGCACAGGCUUUAGGGUGAUCAAAAUAAAGUUGUAUAGCUCUGAGCAAUUGCUCAUAGAGGAAUGUUAAAAGUAUCCUCUUAGGUUGGGCCAACUGAGCAUUUACUCUUAAGUUGGGGCCAUUCCCAGCCCAAACUGGGGAGGUAUGUUACCUAAAGGGCUAUGGAGCAUAAGCAGGAAAAUAUAAUUUUCACCAAAAAGAUUUUUAAAAGUAAUUUUUGAAAAGCAGAAACCAAACCUGGC